AUGUCGUCUCCUAAUCCUACUACCACUUGUCUUCCUGCGUCAGGCAGUAACGUUCACAAGGUAGAAUUGCCUGAGAACGCGUUGGUGUUGGCACCUACAAGACAGCUGCAAAGUUUGUUAACUAUCAUCAGAGAUGAGAAGACUCAAAGAGGUGAUUUCGUAUUUACAUCAGACAGGAUUAUAAGACUCUUAGUGGAAGAAGGCUUGAAUCACCUUCCAGUAGUAUCAAAGAAAGUCAUUACCCCCACAGGGAAAGAAUACGAAGGUGUUGCUUUUCAAGGAAGAAUAUGCGGUGUAUCGAUCAUGAGAGCCGGAGAGGCAAUGGAAGCUGGUCUUAGAGAUUGUUGUCGAUCAGUCCGUAUCGGAAAAGAUGAAGAAACCACUCAAGCAAAGCUGUUUUACGCCAAACUCCCCGAUGAUAUUUCCAAACGAUUUGUCCUUCUCUUAGACCCCAUGCUUGCUACCGGUGGAUCAUGCAUCAAGGCGAUUGAGGUGCUUCUGGAGCACGGUGUAGAGGAGGAGAAGAUCUUGUUCCUCAAUCUGAUCGCGUCUCCUGAAGGCAUACAGAAAGUGUGCACACGCUUCCCCAAGCUGCGAAUUAUUACCGCCUGGGUCGACGAAGGUCUUGAUAGCAACUCAUACAUUGUACCAGGGCUUGGUGAUUUCGGAGAUAGGUGA